GCCUUUUAAACUCCUUUUUUUUUAAAAGCUGGAAACGAGCUGAGCCAACUUUCGCUUUUUCUGCUUUCCACCUGCAAAGGGUGAAAAAACAAAACACGGAAGUCAAUAACAUCAGCAGAAACACCAGCAAAAAAGAAUGCGUGUAGACCGCGACGACGCAGAGGACAUGCGUCGCUGCAAGGCGAAGGCGAAGCAGCGGCACUGGCAGGAGCGCCAAGACCGCUCCAAGGAAAACCGCGACGAAAUUGAGCAAUUGCAGGUGCGAUGCGCUGACAUGCGGCGGGAGCUGGAGAGCAUCGCCGACUCCACCGAGGCAAACACCUCGACAGCACACGUGUACACCAAAUUUGAGGAACUGCCCCUCUCACAGCGCACCAUGAUGGGUCUGGAGCGCGGUAAGUACACCACGCUCACCCCUAUUCAGCGAGAGAGUCUACACCUAGCGCUAGCUGGCUUUGAUGUUCUCGGGGCGGCAAAGACGGGCUCUGGCAAGACCCUCUGUUUUGUGAUUCCAGUCCUGGAGAGUCUCUACCGCGAGCACUGGUCUGCGGACAUGGGUGUUGGCGCGCUGCUGCUCAGCCCGACUCGCGAGCUGGCGCUGCAGAUCUUCAAGGUGAUGCAGCUCGUUGGACACAAACACGUCCACUCCGCUGCUCUCCUAACCGGCGGUCGCGACGUGCAGGAGGAGCGCAAGCGCCUCCACGCGAUUAGCAUCAUCGUCGGCACCCCUGGCCGCGUGCUGCACCAUCUGCAGGACGACGCCGAGCUGGUCUUGGACAACAUGCAGCUUUUCUGCAUGGAUGAGGCCGAUCGACUGCUUGAUAUGGGCUUCCGCGAGGCCAUCACGAACAUCGUGAAGUACCUGCCCCCGCAGCGGCAGACGCUGCUCUUCUCUGCGACGCAGACGACGGAUGUGCAGAUGCUUGCGCAGAUGUCGCUCAAGAACCCGCGCUACGUCUCCACGCAGGCGAUUACGGCGGCGCCGACGCCGACCACGCUGUGCCAGAACUUCCUGGUGGUCGAGCUCCACCGCAAGUUGGACGCGCUGCUGAUGUUUUUGAAGCGCCACCCGCACGACAAGAUUGUCGUCUUUGUGAGCACGUGCAAUCAGGUGAAGUUUAUGUACCUCGCCUUCUCGAAGAUUCUGAAAAAGAUGCGCAUUCCCUCCAUGUGCCUCACGAGUAAAAUGAAGCAGUUUCGCCGCGAGGAGGUCUUUCUCACCUUCUGCCGGUGUAAGGCGGCGGUGCUCUUCUGCACCGAUGUCGCCUCGCGUGGGCUGGACUUUCCGCUCGUGCACUGGGUCGUGCAGUACGACUGCCCGGAGAGCGCGCAGACGUACAUCCACCGUGCCGGCCGCACGGCGCGUGCCGGGGCUCGCGGUGUCAGCCUGUUGUUUCUCACGCCGCGCGAGACGCCGAUGCUCAGCUACCUGCACCACAAAAAUGUCCCUCUGCGGGAGAUCUCCAUCAAGGCCGACUUCAUGACGUCCAGCCAGGAAAUCUUUGUCGCGUUGGUCGUGCAGGGCCUCAAGUACGAGGCGCAAAAGGCGUUUAUUGCCUACCUGCGCUCCGUGUACUUUGCCUCCAAUAAGAACGUGUUUGAGGUCGCCGCUAUCGAUGUUGAGGCGUUUGCGAAGUCGCUCGGUCUGCUGGUCGUACCGGACAUGUCGGAGCUGACGAACCUGCAGCGCAGCGCGAAGAAUUUGCCGUGGGAUGUCGUGAACUUCAUCGCAACGCGGUCGAAUGACAAAGGUCACCUCACUCGCAAAGAGAAGCACCUGCAGGCCAGCGACAUGUUCCGCGUGAUGGAGCAGAAGCAGCGUUUUGCCAACAAGCAGGGCGCACUGAAGGGCGGUGAACCCAGUGGCGAUUUCGACGGCACUGCGGCAGAGCACGAUGACGACGACAACGAUGGAUUUCUAGUGAAGAAGGCUCCCACGACGCUCUCGUCGAGCUCCGCGGCGGGCAAAGCCAGCACCAGUGGUGCAGCCGACCAUUGGAGCAGCAGCGGAACUACCAAGGACUCGAUGCACCUUACUGUGGACGAGCGUCUUGCUGGGUUGUCGAAGAACAAGCGGCGAAAGCUGAUUGAGAAUCCUGACCUGCGGGUCCGCGACCUUGGCCUGAAUGAGCACAUCUUCUUCAAGGAUGAGGAUGAGGAUGAUGGGGAUGGAGAGACGGCGGCCCGCGCAUCCACGAGGGCGGGCAGGGAAACUGCCAAGUCCGACAGUGACGCAGAGGACGAGGACAUGACCCGAGUGACAAAUCUCAUGCGGGGUGCCGUUGUGCACCGCGAAGACGAAACCGAUGAAGAGGACGGGGCGGACUUCACCAGCAAGCUGCAGCACCGCAUGCAGGCCAUCAAGCCGGACGACUUGGAGCGGGCGAAGAAGAUGCGCCGCCUGCGUCGCCUGCAACGGCAGGGCCGCGUCUCGCGCAAGUCGACGAUCGAUGAAAGCGGUGUGACGACCGAAAGCGGUGGACCACGACCGGCGAGGUUGGACGACGACUACAACGUUGAGGACAGCGACGAUGACGCCUCGAGUACUGGCUCCCUUAGUCGUCUGCUGAAAGAUUCCCGUGCCGGCGCGGACGAUGACAGCGAUGCUCUGAAUGCCUUUGCUGCGGCGGAGGACGAGGAAGACGAGGCGGAGUUUGACUCGUCGAACGCGACGCGCAAGCGUAACAGCGGCAAGCGCACCUACCACGGCAUUGACAGUAGCGACGAUAACAACAGCGAUGUGGAUGACGAGGCGACAGGGGUCGAGGUAGAAACGGUUGUGCGGCCUCCACAAAAGAAGCAGAAGCGCACCCGUUGA